CAAUUAUCCAUUUAUUGUUAAUUUUCGUAUGACAUUUUUGUUGUCAAAUUUGUCACAAACCAUUAAACCAGUUUUCAUUUCUGAUUGUAAGCUUUUUAAAGUAUGACGACGAAAUGUCCGUGCACUGGGGGGUGUUAUUCGGACAAAACUCUGGUUGGCGAUUGGGAGAAUAGUCGUGCCAGAUACCAAAAGAGACGGGAUGUUGGGGACAUGUACACCACAACAUUCAAGAAGGACUUUUGUCCUAAACCGUUAACCGAAGGUUACCAGGACUUUGUUUGGGACGAAAAGCUUAAGUCACAGGGUAACGAAUUCGUGUCGUCACUCACGAAGUACGAGAAAUCCCCCAACUACUACCAAAACUAUACCACCACCUACGACCUAACAUUCAAUCAUUUCCCUAAAAUGUACAAAAGUUACAUUCCCAGGACGUUACGAUUCAGAGCCAUGCACCACAUCCCGUCACAAGAAUAUUUAAAGACUUACGGAAAUUUGACCAGUUACGGCCUCACAGAGGCCUACAAAAAAUAUUGGGAACGUGAGGGCGAAGUGCCCAGAUUUUUGAACUCGACGGAGUACCGCGAACUUUACGAUGCGUACGAAGUGAAAUACUACCAGGAUGCACAUGCUUUAAGGAAGGACGUGAUCGCGAUUUCCCAAGGCAAAGCGAAACCAAGGAACCCGAUAACUUGGGAAGACAUAAAAGUCGAAAAUUAAAUUACCGUAUACAAUUAA